ACUGCCUCCGUUCAGCCCCGGUUCUCCUUCCGCCUCUGACACCGCGAACACUUCAUCACUCCGCCCGGUCAUAUCGUCCCUUCUGCCCGUCAUGGAUUUCUCCAUCCGCGCCGCCAACGUGGAGGACUGCAAGGACAUCGCGCGCAUGAUCAUGGAACUGGCUGAAUAUGAGAAAGUAACGGACCAUGUGAAAGUGACUCAGAGAGACUUGGAGCAGGAUGGUUUCUCCAAGAACCCGUUCUUCCACGGGAUCGUCGCUGAGGUCCCAGAACAGCAGAAAACCACAGAAGGUCACACGAAGAUCGGCUACGCACUUUACUUCUACUCCUACAGCUCGUGGUCGGGCCGAGCCGUCUACAUGGAGGACCUGUACGUGAUGCCAGAGUUCAGAGGGAAGGGCAUUGGGAAAGCACUGAUGAGCAAGGUAGCACAGCUGGGCCUGGCCGCCGGCUGCAACCAGCUCAACUUCACCGUUCUGAACUGGAACAAGUCCUCGGUGGACUUUUACCUGAGCCAGGGCUGUUACGACCUGACGGAUAAGAUGGGCUACCACUGCAUGCGCUGCGAGGGGGAGGCCCUGGAGCACCUGGCCCAACCCUAACACGACCUCUUGACCUCGGUAACCCAUGAGCUCCACCUACACAGUGCAGGGAAAUAGACUCAGACAAAAAAAGCUGCUAAGCUCCAGCACGUUCAAUUCAUUUCUACCGAUACUAAAUCCCCGGCUUGAUUGAAAUCCUGAUUAUAACCAAUUUUUUUUGAUGUUCCAGCCUUGCAAAAAAAUAUGCAGAUCUCGGCUGCACACAGGAUUUCAUGCUAAAAGCUGAGGUACAGUCCAAAUAUAGUUACACAACCUGUAGACGCACAAAAUUAAUUCCUACUGAACUCAUCUAGCUAGUUAGCUUAGCAAUGCUAAUGCAGGCAGCUUACAUCGGGGUAGAUAAAACACACCGUUCAUAAGAUGUAUCAAUUGUCUUGUGAAGUUUUAUAUAUGCACAGAAUCACUAUUAUUAAAUCUUCACAAACAGUAUCCAGUAACCGCUGCUAGUCUGUGAUUGGCCGAUCGCUGUUUGCAGGAGGGGCUCAGCAAACACUUAAUUGGCUCAAGUAUUGGAAUGGGGCCUUUGCAAUACAUUUAAAUAGUUAAUAAUUGAGGGACCUUAAUCUGUGGUAUAUGUGGUAUUAGGUGUGUGUGUGUGUGUUUGUGUGUGUUGUGGGGGGGGGCUGUAUUUGAAGGAUCAAGUACAAAUCAUCGUCAUCCAGAAGUGAAAUAAUCGUUUGCACAAAGAUCCCGAUAAAAAACAGGAUGUUUGUUUUAUUGUACGGCUGUUGAAAUAAAAAGUGGGUUUGUGGUUUCCUGUCCCUUUAAAGUUUAUGAUUAAUGAUGACAACCAAAGAGUCGGUCCCCCCCCCACUGUAAAGCUGUUGUGAUACAAGUGUCGGCAUUUUGCACUGUUGUCUUCCAAGUGUGCACUGAAGGAAUCAGUGGGAUUGAACCUAAAACCUCCCUCCACGCUGCCAGACAGUAAACUCCCGGGGCUGGUUUUUCAAAGGGAAAACGAUCCAUCUGGUGGAAUCUGAAAAACAAAAAGGAAAAUCUUGGACUGGGCUCGGAGCGCGUCCUUAAACCUGUCCGGCUCAAGUGAAAGUGGCACCACUCUGCGCUGCACUUCUGUUUUAUAUCCAGUGUAUUUAAAAAAACAACACAUGGAGGACUUCUUGUAUCAUUUCCAGCCAUUUACUGAAAACACUCAGCGGUAUAUUUAGUUUGUUUUCUCUCAGUCUAAACAAGUAAGAACCACUAACCCCUUCUCUUUUGUAGCUUUUGCAAUUUGCAUUUAUUUUCAUACUUUUGUUUACGAAAUAAUUGAGCGAGGAAUGUGAAGUUGUUUUUCUCCGUCCUCGGGACAUUGUGUGGUCAAAUAGUCGCGUGUGUGUUUGGUGCAUUGUCAUCUGUGUUGUUACAGAGUGACACAAAGAUCGAUAGAGUCCAGGGGAAGAUGAAGAAGAGAUAUUUAAAUCUUAUCACCAGAACGAGCCCGAGCUACAAACUAUACAACGUGUGACUCAGUUUCCUCAAUGGAGUCCUCAAAAUUUCAAAUAUUUCCAAAAUCAAGUCAAAGUUCAACCCUGAUUCCUUUCAAAUCCACUGAGAUCUCAGCAAUAAAUAAACUUAAAUGUGCAAUGUGAAGAUUUUAGGGAGCAGGGUGUGUUUCUCACAAUCAGUACGCGUAGAUAAAAGCAACAAUGUUGAUGUCUUAAGGUUGUUUCCUCAACUUUGGUGCUGUGGAGCCUCAAUGUGUGUGAUACCCAAUGUGCCACAUGUUCAUGUUCAUGUGAUGAAUUAGUAAGUGUGUCUUCAAAUGUCACCUGCGGUCAUUAAGUUUUUAUAUGUGUGGGACGUUGUCUGUGGAACCGUAGCAUUUACGUAGCAUUUAGCGUUGACUGUCAUUUGCUCUACCAGAAAUCCUUACUCUAUAAAUGCAUUAGAAAAUACCAAAAGCCAUAUUAGCUUUAGCCUAGAGAGCCUGCAUGGAAUUCAAAUGUUGGAUUCAGAAAACAUAUUUUAGGCUCAAAGCAAAGGUUGUGUCUGAUUUUUUUAUUUGUUUGAUUUGUUCAGCAGUUGAUGAAUAAAACAUGUGAGAGUUAAAUAAAAUCUGAUGUGUGAAAAUAUAAA